GCGAGUGCGGAGGCCUAAGGAGCUGCACUGUGAGGUGGACAGGGCAGGCCGGCAGGGGCCCAGCCGCGCUGGGGGGAGGGCACAUGGAGCGGUCCCAGUCCCUGCGGCAUGGGGGUGAGCAGAACUGGUGGGGAAGUGCCCCCCAGUACCAGUACAUGCCCUUCGAGCACUGCACCAGCUAUGGACUGCCCUCUGAGAACGGGGGCCUUCAGCACCGGCCCCGAAAGGACGCAGCCCCCCGGCAUGUCUACCCCACACAGAUUUACGGCCACCACAAAGAACGAUUUUUGGACAAGGAGCAGGACAUACAGAUGCCCAAGAAGAUGGGCUCCAGUUCUACCUUGGACAGCAAGGAUGAGGACCACUAUUCUAAAUGUCAAGGUUGUAUCCACCGCCUGGAAUGCAUGAUAAGGAGGAAGUUAGGGGAAGACUGGAUCUUUCUGGUGCUCCUGGGCCUCUUGAUGGCUCUGGUCAGCUGGUGCAUGGACUAUGUCAGCGCCAAAACCCUUCAGGCCUAUAAGUGGACCUACGCCCAGACGCAGCCCAACCUUCCUCUGCAGUACCUGGUCUGGGUCACCUUCCCGCUAGUCCUCAUCCUCUUCAGUGCCCUCUUCUGCCACCUCAUCUCUCCCCAGGCUGUUGGUUCUGGCAUCCCUGAAAUGAAGACAAUCCUUCGAGGCGUAGUCCUGAAAGAGUAUCUCACGCUCAAGGCAUUUGUGGCAAAGGUGGUGGCCCUAACCGCGGGGCUGGGCAGCGGCAUCCCCGUGGGGAAAGAGGGCCCUUUCGUCCACAUCGCCAGCAUCUGCGCUGCCAUCCUCAGCAAAUUCAUGGCCAUGUUUUGCGGGGUCUAUGAGCAGCCAUACUAUUACACCGACAUGCUGACUGUGGGCUGCGCAGUGGGGGUCGGCUGCUGCUUUGGAACACCUCUCGGAGGAGUGCUCUUCAGCAUCGAGGUCACCUCUACCUACUUUGCUGUGCGGAACUACUGGCGCGGAUUCUUUGCAGCCACGUUCAGUGCCUUCGUGUUCCGUGUGCUGGCCGUGUGGAACAAGGAUGCUGUUACCAUCACGGCUCUGUUCCGAACCAAUUUCCGAAUGGACUUCCCCUUUGACCUGCAGGAACUCCCAGCCUUUGCUGUCAUUGGGAUUUGCUGUGGGUUCCUGGGAGCUGUAUUUGUGUACCUGCAUCGCCAAGUCAUGCUUGGCGUCCGAAAGCACAAGGCCCUGAGCCAGUUUCUUGCGAAGCACCGCCUGCUGUAUCCUGGAAUUGUGACCCUUGUCAUCGCCUCAUUCACCUUCCCACCUGGAAUGGGCCAGUUCAUGGCUGGAGAGCUGAUGCCCCGUGAAGCCAUCAGCACCCUGUUUGACAAUAACACGUGGGUGAAACACGAGGGUGACCCCAAAAUCCUGGGCCAGUCUGCUGUGUGGAUCCACCCCCGGGUCAACGUCGUCAUCAUCAUCCUUCUCUUCUUUAUCAUGAAGUUUUGGAUGUCCAUUGUGGCCACCACUAUGCCCAUACCCUGUGGAGGUUUCAUGCCUGUGUUUGUGUUAGGAGCUGCAUUUGGAAGGCUGGUGGGAGAAAUCAUGGCCAUGCUGUUCCCAGAUGGUAUCUUAUUUGAUGACAUCAUCUACAAAAUUCUCCCUGGGGGCUAUGCAGUAAUUGGAGCAGCAGCCCUGACGGGUGCCGUGUCCCACACAGUCUCUACUGCCGUGAUUUGCUUCGAAUUAACGGGUCAGAUUGCUCACAUCCUGCCCAUGAUGGUGGCUGUUAUCUUGGCCAACAUGGUGGCCCAGAGCCUGCAGCCUUCCCUCUAUGACAGCAUCAUCCAGGUCAAGAAGCUACCCUACUUGCCCGACCUUGGUUGGAACCAGCUCAGCAAAUUUACCAUCUUUGUUGAGGACAUCAUGGUACGUGACGUGAAGUUUGUGUCAGCUUCCUGCACAUACGGGGAACUGCGAAACCUGCUCCAGGCCACCACAGUCAAGACUUUACCCCUGGUUGAUUCCAAAGAUUCUAUGAUCCUGCUGGGCUCGGUGGAGCGUUCAGAGCUGCAGUCCCUCCUGCAGCGCCACCUGUGUCCCGAGCGGAGGUUGCGGGCAGCCCAGGACCUGGCGCGGAAGCUAUCGGAGCUGCCCUACGACGGCAAGGCGCGGCUGGCGGGGGACGGCAUCCCGGGUGGAGCGCCGAGGGGCCGGCCCGAGUCCUUCGCCUUUGUGGACGAGGAUGAAGAUGAGGACCUUUCCGGGAAGAACGAGCUACCUCCUCCUUCUCCUCUUCCACCACCACCCUUUCCUAGUGUUACAUCGACCCUUGAAGAGCCCAAUGGGCCCCUCCCUGGCCACAAACAGUCACCUGAAGCUCCGGAACCUGAAGGUCGAAGAUCCUCCAUCUUCCAGUGCCUGCUGCGCUGCUUGCUAGGCCGAGCUCGCCCCCCAAAGAAGAAAAUGACCCAGGACCCGGUGGAUUUAGUGGAUAACAUGUCUCCCGAAGAGAUCGAGGCCUGGGAGCAGGAGCAGCUGAGCCAGCCUGUGUGCUUCGAUUGCUGCUGCAUCGACCCAUCCCCCUUCCAGCUGGUGGAGCAGACCACCCUGCACAAGACACACACUCUCUUCUCGCUCCUCGGCCUCCAUCUUGCUUAUGUGACCAGCAUGGGGAAACUCCGGGGUGUCCUGGCAUUGGAGGAGCUACAGAAAGCCAUCGAGGGUCACACCAAAUCAGGUGUGCAGCUCCGCCCUCCCCUUGCCAGCUUCAGGAACACAACUACCUCUCGGAAGAGCCCAGGGGGCCCACCUCCUCCUGCAGAGGGCUGGAGCCUGCCAGAGGAUGCUGUGGGCCCCCCUGGAGCAGGAGACUUGACCCCUGCUUCCCCAGAGACACCGGUGCCACCCCCAUCCCCAGGUCCCCCUCAGCCCCUGGCCCCCUCCAAGGCAGGGGUUGAGCUGGAAGACCUGGAGUUAGUGGAGAGCCCGGGGCCGGAAGAGGAGCUUGCUGACAUCCUUCGGGGCCCCAGCCUGCGAUCCACUGACGAAGAAGAGGAUGAGGAUGAACUGAUCCUUUGACCAACUUGGGACCCUGCUCAUAAAGAAUGCUGUCCAGAG